CAAUUUUCACACCUAACAAACACAGAAGCCGCCGGUCGGGACAAGGCGGGCUGUGUUGAAUCUGCCGCGCGGGAAUCUCCACCGCGGGCUCCCUUCAGGAAUGUGCUGCUGUGGAUACCAAGGAUAUGUAAAAACAGGGAAUAAGUGAGGAGGUCCCGCUUUAAGGCAGGCGCGUUACCGCGUGCCUGUGCUUUGUGGUUUAUCUCCUUUUCCGAUCGCGGCGUUCCCCCGGCGCCGCGGGCGGUGCCGAAUGUGCGGCGCUGAAGCGCCAGGCCCGUAAACAGCGGGCGGGCGAGGCGAUGGCGGCGGGCGGGCUGGCGGGGCUGCUGCCCGCACAGACACAGCUCGAGUACGCGCUGCUCGACGCCGACACCGCCCAGGAGAAGGAGAACCUGGUCUACCAGUACCUGAAGAAGGUGGACAGCCGGGAGCGGGACCUGACGGUGCCCGAGCUCGGCGGAGAUCUGCAAUGGUUAAACACUGAAGGUCCUAUUUCUCUUCACAAAGACCUUUGUGGAAAAGUUGUGGUGUUGGAUUUCUUUACUUAUUGCUGCAUCAAUUGCUUGCACCUGCUGCCUGAUCUCCACGCCUUAGAGCACCAGUACUCUGAUAAAGAUGGUCUUGUUAUUGUUGGUGUCCAUUCAGCGAAAUUCCCAAAUGAGAAGGUUCUGGAUAACAUUAAAAGUGCCGUUCUGAGGUAUAAUAUUGUCCACCCUGUAGUAAACGAUGCAGAUGCAACACUGUGGCAUGAACUAGAAGUGUCCUGCUGGCCAACCCUGGUCAUCCUUGGGCCUCGUGGAAAUAUGCUGUUUUCACUUGUUGGAGAGGGACACAGAGAGAAAUUGUUUUUAUUUACUUCUAUAACACUGAAAUUCUACAAGGAAAGAGGACAAAUCAAAGAUAACAGCAUUGGAAUAAAGCUGUACAGAGACUCCCUCCCACCUUCUCCUCUGCUGUUUCCUGCCAAAGUGACUGUAGAUAAUUCAGGAGAAAGGUUGGUAAUAGCAGACACUGGACACCAUAGGAUUUUGGUUACUCGUAAAAAUGGACAAAUUCUGCACACUAUUGGAGGUCCAAACAGUGGAAGAAGAGAUGGAAAAUUUUCAGAGGCAGCUUUCAACUCACCACAAGGGAUUGCUAUAAAAAAUAAUGUUAUUUAUGUAGCCGAUACAGAAAAUCACCUAAUUAGGAAGAUUGACCUGGAAUUAGAGAUGGUGACCACUGUGGCAGGCAUUGGGAUACAAGGUGUUGAUAAGGAAGGUGGAGCAAAAGGAGAAGAACAGCCCAUCAGCUCUCCGUGGGAUGUGGUCUUUGGAAGUUCAACUUCAGGAACCCAGGAAGAUGAUGUUUUAUGGAUAGCAAUGGCAGGCACCCAUCAGAUAUGGGCACUGAUGUUGGAAGAUGGAAAACUACCAAAGGGAAGUGAUUUAAAGAAAGGAGUCUGCCUUCGAUUUGCUGGGAGUGGAAAUGAGGAGAACAGGAACAAUGCAUACCCACACAAGGCAGGCUUUGCCCAGCCUUCGGGGCUGUCCCUGGCUCCCGAGGAUCCCUGGAACUGCCUGUUUGUGGCGGACAGCGAGAGCAGCACCGUGCGAACCGUCUCACUGAAGGAUGGAGCGGUGAAGCACCUUGUAGGAGGAGAGAGAGAUCCAUUGAAUUUGUUUGCCUUUGGUGAUGUGGAUGGAGCGGGCAUAAAUGCAAAGCUGCAGCAUCCCUUAGGAGUAACAUGGGACAAGAAAAGAAAGCUGCUCUAUGUGGCAGAUUCCUAUAAUCACAAGAUUAAGGUUGUAGAUCCCAAGAUGAAGAACUGUGCUACCCUGGCAGGCACAGGAGAAGCAGGCAAUGUUGUUGGUUCCACCUUUACACAGUCAACUUUUAAUGAGCCAGGAGGUUUGUGUGUUGAAGACAAUGGCCGCUUGAUGUAUGUUGCAGACACAAAUAAUCAUCAGAUUAAAGUGCUGGACUUGGAAACAAAAAUUCUUUCCAUGUUACCUAUCCUGAAGCCAGAAGCAUGUGAUGUUCCAGAUAACCUGCCUGUACAAAAGGAUAAAAUAACAAACCUUCCAAAACUGCCUAAAUCCGCACCAAAUGUUCAACUUCCUGCAGUAACUGUAGCUCCUGGCCAGACAAUUCAGUUUUUACUAAACUUGACUCUUCCUCCAGAUUCAAAACUGAAUGAAGAAGCACCCAAUUCCUGGUUUAUCACAGCAGAAGAUAAUAUGUGGUUGCUUCAAGGACAGUGUCUGACUGGAGAAAUCAAGGAUGUUUCCUGUCAAACUGUCAUUCCCUUUCAGUUACCCAGGAGCUGUGUGUCAGCUGAAGCUGUCCUGGCUGUCAAAGCGUGCCUCUACUACUGCAGCAAAGGUAGCAGUGCCUGUAUGAUGAAAGGAGUCUCAUUCAGCCAGCCUUUACAGAUAACUGGUACCAACCAAGGCAGCUCAACUCAAGUUGAACUGAUACACACAUUUUUAACCAACUAACCCAAAGCCAGCUAAUUUCAUACUUCAUUUUGCUAUACACCGUUUCUACAGGAUAAAGUAAAAAUAGAUAACUUUUCUCUGUUUUUUCCUGAAAUUUAUGACAGAGCUAAGAAAUAAUAUACCUGGUCAAAUAAAGUAGAGUUCCCUACAGCUUAAUGGGAAAAUUUAUCAUCACAACCUCAUUUCUUUGCAUUACAGUAGCAGCAAUAACAUUGUAAUACUGUAGACUCUGCUGCCAGUUGUGGACAUAUUGGAUGUCUGCCAACCUGAGUAAUGAGCAACAAUUUUUAGAGCCCUUUUGAAAGAGCUGGUGUUACUCUGUGAUGUUACUGUAAGCUCUUUGCACUGUACAUACUGUUAGAGUAGCUAGAUCAUUCUGGACUAACAGUUCAAAAUUCCUUUCGUGCCCUUAUUAAAUUGUACUAGAAUGUUGGAAGGAAUAGCCUCCUUCUCCAGUCUGUAAAAGAAGUAUCUUGCUUAUUUUUCUGUAAUGACAUUUAUGACACGUGUAUUUUGAAAAUACAUGUUAAAAUAGGUGCAGCUCUAAUUUUAUGCAAACUGAGUAACCGCUUUAACUCAAUGUGACCGCCUUAUAUGAAGAGCGUAGGUUCAUGGAAAAUUUUCUGUGAAAGGAAUUGUUCAAGUUUCUACGGAAGAAUUCAAUGGUGAUUUCUAACAAAGAAUGUGCCUCUUUGCAAUGUAUAGAUAUAUAUAUAAAGAGAAAACACCACAAAACCAUGCUGGAGCUUUUCUGAUGCAUACCAAUUUACAUUUUAUAGAAGGUGGUAGAUAAUGGUUAAAUAUCUAAACAGCAAAAAUUAAAUGUCAACCAUUUCAAGCAGGGUGAAUCACUUUCCUAUUUUUAUGAUUUCUCUGUAAAGACUUGUGUGAAGUCUUGGGUCUUGAAAAUAUGUAAUAUUGUGAAGAAUAUUUUGUUCUUGAAGUCUGAUUCAGAGUCUUUUGAAGUCACUGUUAGUCCCCACUUUUGUAAUAGUGGCCACUGAACCAGAAUUGUAUAUUUAAUAAUGGAUUAUUUACAUUCAUGUUUAGAGGUUCUGAUCUCCUAACGUUUGUGUCAGGUGCUUGAAGCUGUGUUGCGAAACUCUGCCUUUAGUGGUUAAAGGUUUUGCAAGUAAAAUUCCCUCUAUUUGCCAUAGUAAGUAGCAGGAAUACGGGGGAGGGGGGGUGUGUGUGUGCAAGUUUCUUACUUUAACUAGAAGAGUUUCCACCAUGCCUCAGUGGUAAUUGGAUUAGGCUUCACUCUCUGGUCAUGAUGAUCAGUGCUGAGAAGAUGAUUUUGUUUUAACUUUGAAGAUAGUAUUUUUCACAUAUAUAAUGAAGUGCAGUAGUGAAAGAAUUUUUAUACAGUCUUUUCUAAAACAGUCACCAUUAUUCAUGACACUUGUCAGUAAACCCCCAGUAUCAGUUGUUGUUGCUUUUUCUUACUUAAAGACUGACUGAAAUGUUGGUCAUGAACCCAGGAGUAUUGUUUUAAGGGAACCAUAUGGGCUGGUGUGGUUUUUCCUUCCAUUGAAAUGCCAGUCUAUCUGAGAGUUCUUUGUGGUACCAGAAAUGGUUGUUAUCUCACCUGUCAGUAAGGCAAGGGCUGAACUAUUAUUUUUCUUGUGUUUGGUUUUUAAGCAACUUUCCUAAUUCAGUGUUUCAGCCUCUCAAUUCUCACAUGCCAUUUUGAAGAAUGAAAAAGUUUUGCUACUUUGUUCACAGAUUGCAAAUUCUACUGGAAGGAUGAAGAUAAAGAAACUGAGUUGGGCAUGUAUUAUUGUUUACACUUCAGCACAACUUUCACAAUUUUUUGUCUGUUUACCUUUGGAAAGCCAGGAAACCUUAGAUCAGCAUCUAGAUACCCAAAACAUUUUCUGUUGCUCUCUGAAAAAAACAAGCAUUAGUUUCAGAAGUUCAGAAUAAGGAACCAAUUUGUUAGUUAUCUUGAAUGUGUAAUUCAUCAGGUGGAUUUUUUUCUCUCAUUUUAUUGCAUCAUGGAAUGGCCUGGGUUGGAAGGGGCCUUAAAGAUCAUGUAGUUCCAACCCCCCCUGCCACGGGGACACCUUCCACUAGCCCAGGUUGCUCCAAGCCCCAUCCAGCCUGGCCUUGAACACUUCCAAGAAUGGGGCAUCCACAGCUUCUCUGGACAACCUGUGCCAGUGCUUCACCACCCUCACAGUAAAGAAUUUCUUCCUAAUAUCUAAUCUAAAUAUACCUUCUGUCAGUUUGAAGUCAUUCCCCUAUGUCCUAUCCCUACAUACCCUGUAAAAAGUUCCUCUCCAUCUCUCUUGUAGCCCUCCUUUAGGCACUGGAAGGUGCUAUGAAGUCUUCCGAAAGCCUUCUUCAGGCUGAACAACCCCAACUCAAAUUUUGAGCUAGAAUGACGUAUUUUUCUAUUUCAGUUAGAUAAGAUCAAAUUCUGCCUGUAUUCCAGUAUUAAAAAAAAAUAAAUGUUUUUUUAUUGACGCUGUUUAAUUAAUGUAUUGCCGUAGGGGAAAGACUGUAUUCCUCACUUUAUUUAGCUAUAGUGUAUAAUGUUUAACUAUAGUAUUGUAGUUACAUUUUCUGUCUAAAUGUUCUGCUCCUUGCUCAGUCUGUGUGUUCACUGUGAUUGGCCUUUUGUCAUACAGCCUAACACUAUGUUUUGUUUGUCCAGGGGACAGCAUACACAUUCCCAGAGUCACUCCUUCUGUUUCACUUGUAGUGUGCAGACAUUUGAAUGUUCUGUAAUUAGAAAAGCACAUUUUUUAAAAGCUUGUGAUAUUUAGGGAUCCUGUUUCCAUUUCUUCCUCCGGGGUUUACAAGAUGCUCUUACAGUAAAACAGUGAGUGCCAUAAAUUUCACCAGACAGGCAAACAGUAUGGCAUGUAAAAGCUACAGAAAUUUAUUUCAUUUAGCUAUCAGAAAGCAUCUUCAAAAUAUGAUACAGAAAAAUAAAAGAUGUUACUACUCUGUCUAAAUAGUGAAAAAUCAGAUAUAUUGAUGACUGCUGCCUCUUUGUAUGGUAACUUAGCUUUGUGAUGUUUCCUGAUAUAAAAGUUCUAAGCAGGUUGAUAUGGCUCAGCACUCCCAGACCUCUGUCUUACAGUAAAUGUAAUUCAAGGCCUUUUCAAAACAUGUCUUUCUACUGACUUUAACAGUUUUUGCGUCAGACCUUAAUGAAGUAAUAAUGACUAGCAAAUCUCUGAAGAGUAUUGGUCAUGGUUGAUCUGUAUAAUGGAAACAAUGGCAUUUUAAGUUCAUAGUUGUAGUGUUUGCUUUUCUGGGACAGCUUUUGAUUUUGAACGAAUAUAUUAGUAGUUCCAUUAAAUGGUUUUAGACAUUUUAUUUAAUUGCAGUACAGUAAUUUUUAUUAGACUAGAAAAAAGAUGAUGUGGUUUCGAAGAGGGAGCAUAGUUAGUUUUAACAGCUGUUCAUAUUGUUUGAAUGCAAUAGUAUCCUUCUAGUAGUUUGUUCCCUUCUGUUGAAAGAAGGGUAGGGAUGGUGACUGUGUAAACCUAUUGAUGGGCAUAUAUUUGAUGCGUACGUUUCUAGUUGAUUUCUUUUUGUGUUAGAUUCUUACAUCAUUCUGGGCUUUUCUUCAAAGUUUGUGUUUUGCCUGGUCUUCUGGAAGACCAGGCAAGGAAAACCUCUACAGGUUUUCUACCUGCCAAGCAUUACGUUUGUAUAAUGCUGUGGUAAUGUGGUACAAAGCAAGUACAGACCAGAUGGGUAAUACAUGAGAAAGUAGUUUUAUAGCAUCAUGUAAAUGCCUUACCCACUUAGAGAAAAGGUGCAUAUGGCUUCCAGUAUAUUGUAUAUAUUCUUAAUGCACUUUUUUUUAUUUUAAUAGGCAAAUAUUGUAGCUAAAACCAUAGGUAAAAUGUUUUGUUGAGAGAACAUCAAGAAAAACAUACUCGUUAUCUCUUGCUCAGAGGAGGGGGAUGAUCAGAAUGAAGAGACUUUUCUUCUCGUUUAGGGGCAUGUCCCUUUGUUCCUUUAAUUAUUGACUAUUUAUUUUAGCAAAGAGAGAGGUAUUAUUGACCACAAAUUCUCUUGAAUUUUUGAUUCCUAACAAGGUUUUCUACAUACAUGAAAGCUUUAAAUGUCUGACUUCAUAGAGUUAUAGGUGAUACAUCUAGUUUUAAAUGGCUUGUAGUUUAGCAGGCAAUAGCAGAGAUUUAUGUACAUUCUUAAGAUCUGUAAUUUUCUAAAAUCACUGUUAUUCAUUAAGACUUACCACAAAGACACAUUGGACCUACACUCCGAUUGAAGUGUGUUCGUAAACUUUGUUUUGCAAAUCAAAAGUAAGGUUUUUUUCCUGGUAUAAUGUGGGAGAGGAGCUGUGACACAUUGUGUGUAUGUGUUCUCCAGGCUGUGGUUGUUCUACCUAAGGAAAAUUUACCAUGUGCAGCAGCUCAUCAGCCACCCCCUGGUAACUCUCCACACAAAUCUGCCAGCUCAGUUGUUAACGUUAUCAUUUAAAAUUACUGGUUUGUGUUAGCAAAUAUUUAGUAUUUGGAAUUUAUCAUUAGAAUUUUCAUUGAAAUCAGUUUGUCAGGGAUUAGAGGAGCUUCUCUGUCCCAAGCAAGGAAAGUGUAAGAAUAGUAACAAGUAGUUUGACAUAGUUUCUUUUUUUAAGUGAGUUGUGGUUAUUUUUUAAUUAAAUCACCACAUCUGUUUUUGUAUUCAACAACAGAUCAUGAAUUUAAAACAAUAUUUCUAAUAUAUUACAUUCCAUUGUGUUCGUAUAACCAAAUUUGAUUACUCUCUUCCAUCAGAAGCAGCUUAUCUACAUUUUGUAAUUUUUGUGCUACGAUAGGUAAAAUCACGACUCUCAUUAAGGAUUAGGAUUCAUUCCUGUUCAGGAUUCAGCGCAUCUAUCACUGAGUUUCCAAGUUUAUCUUAGUUUCUUUGACAUACUGCCAUGGGGAUUUUGGUUGGGUUUUUGAGCCUGUCUUUUCUUCCUGUAGUUUCCACAAUGAAAUGCAACCAGUAUCUUGUUACCACGGAAGGAUCCGAGUAGGAAAGAUAAUUCCCUCCACCAGCUGCUUGCCCUUCCCCUGCUGUAGGGGUGGGGAUGUAAACAGCAAGUUUUAGGGAGCAUUAGAAUAACAUUAUGUCCUCAGGUGAGAUUCGUCAGGCUUUACAGUGAUGCAGCUACUGUCAGAAUUUUUACCUUUACCUCUGGCCCUGUCCAGCAAGGUCCUGAAGUUGUUUCCAGAUGUCCCAGAACAUCCCGUCAAACUUGAGUAGCCUGUGCAGGGAUUCUGAUGGCUCUUGGUUUCAGGAAACUUUGAUGCUAUAGGUUAAAUAAUUUAUCUGUUAUGUAAUUUGCUGUCUUGUUGCAGGUUGCACUUAAUUGGAAUCAGGUAAUUCACUUUUGUCUCAGAUGAGAAGCAAGAAAACUGGGGUGUAAGUGGAGGAAUGUUUGCGUAGCUAUAAUUAAUUACUUUUUGCUUAGUUUACCUCUUUGGUGGUCCAUUGCUUUCAUGUGUACCAGGGAACUCUUUGUCCAAUUGCAGGCUCUAGGUCUAAGCAAAAGAAUUGCAACUAUUUUUCAAGUCUUGCCUAGUUCCUUUGAAAUAUUGACCAUUGUGAGCUAAAGAAAUCCCAUUUGAAAAAAUCUGUUUAUACAUGUACCUUAACUUAAUGCUCUGUACUCAACAUGACUCAGAAAAGUGAUAAUUCACACAUGCAUUCUUUCCCAUUUUGACUAAGUAUUGAGCAACUCAACCCAUCUGGCCAUUGUCAGACUUCAUAGAAAGCAAGACAACAAUUCCCAAUUUGAUUUUUAAUUCCCUAAUUGAUGUCUUUAUAGAAAUUAAGGGCCUAUUUCCCAAGCUUUUGAUUAAACUGAAAUCCUUGGUUUUGAACUGUACAUUUAAGGAAUCUGUCCUGAGAGUUGCCUAUAUCAGAUUUUAAAAAUUUUGAAUUGAUAGUAAAGUGGAGGAACAGAAUUGCUAAAUGUUUUAUAUAUUGAAUAUUCAAAAUUUUCUAAUUUCACUUUUAAAGUAGAAUUAGAACAAUUAAAACAUUCUCUUCUCUAAGUCAUUACCAUUAAUGUACCAUUAAUCAUUGUAUCAUUAAAACCUGUGAUGGAUCUAUGUGAUUUUAUGAAGAAAACAAAGAAAAAUAAGGUAGUUGUAAAACUGUGACUGAGCGAAAUCCAGGUGCUCCAAAUUAGCGGCAAAUGUCCUUAGGGCCAGGAGUUCAGCCCAAUGUGACAGAAAUUCUGCCUUUUCAUUACAUCAUGAUGGCUGAAGGAAAAAUAUCAGUGCCUUUUGUAACAAUACUUGAAAGUGUUUCUUUACAGAAAUCUGGAGUACUGAUUGAAAUAAGGUAUUUGAAUUUCAUGGUUCGCAAGUUUCACAGGGGUUUAAUUCUACUAAUUCUAAAACUGUGAAGAGUUUUCCUUCUUCAUGUUUUUGAAUUAAGUUGAAAUUAAGGUGCUUAUUUGUCAAGCUACUUUUCUUACAAAAUACUUUAAAUUGUGGUUGUUUCUUCUUCUCAAUCUUGUGAACUUACUUCUGAAACUAUUGUUACCUCUUCUGUGCACUUCAGAAUAAACUUGGCAGGGAGACUUCAAACAGCUUACUGAAAUUGUGGUUUGAGUGAGAUGAAAGGCAAAACAUGCACUGAUCUAAAAGGGCAAAAGUGAUGAUACUUCUUGGUAUUUGAGGGGUGGAGGGUUGGUCUUUGUUUUGGAUUCUUUCUCAUCUGUUCUACAGAUCAGCAGAGAUUCUUUUCAUGGCAGAAGGUUGUGCGUAGAGAUAGUGAGGAAGGAUCAGGUUCUCUCACUGUGAAACCAUGUAACUUCAUUUAGGUUCUGAUGCUGGGAUAUCAAAAUCUCAGCAGUGUAAUACUAGUGAAGAAAGUCACAUUUGAGCACUUAACACCUUAAUAAAUGUCUCCAUGUGGUUUAAGGGGAAAGACAGGAAUUUUUUUCUUUUUCUUUGAGAAUUUCAGGGUUGCUCUGUGGACCUUGGGAUAUUUUUGUCUGCUCUUUGAGAUACUAAACCUUUGUUUUUCCAUUACAUGUGAUGCAAAGCCUUUCAAAUAUCUGAACGUUUAAAAGAUGUGCUUUAUAUUUAUGGUUACAUAAUAUGCUAAGCAUUAAAACGAAAGCACUUCAUCUACAGUAGGUAAUGUAAAUGCUUCACAGAGAGUGUUGCCUGACAGCGUUCUUAACAAUAUUCAUGGAUUAUGAUCAUUUUUAAAUAAAAGGUAAAUGUCUUGUGAUAUUAUAAGAACAAAUAAAUACACUGUAGAAGAAAUGUCAGCCUCGGAUAUCAAUCCAACAAAUAAACAGCGAUUAAAGAAUGUACACUUUUCUUCUGUGAAAUCUCUUUCUCCCUGUAAAGCUUUUUCAUGGAAAAAUAAACAUUAAAAAAUUUUAUGUUUUCUUUCAA